ACGCAGAGCCUCCCCAAUCAAAUCGACCCCAAUUGACCUUACCUCUCUUCCCCCCUACGUCUGUACGCCCGUCCGCCCUCCCGCGCAAGCGCAACACCAAGAAAGACGAUGUCGAGCAAGUACGCUUUCACAAAGGCCCUCAAGGAGGUGCGCUUCCUCUUCUGCCAGACGGGCGAGCACAGCGCCGCGACCCGCUCCUUCAUCACGAGGGCUUACCCUACGAUGAAGAAGAACAACCCUCAGACCCCGAUCCUCCUGCGCGAAGCCGCCGGCACGCUACCCAAGGUCUACGCGAGAUACGAGUUCGGUGUUGAGAAGAGCCAAUCGCUCGAGGGCCUUUCGGACAAGCAGAUCGAGGACACAGUCACCAGCUUGGUCAAGAACUCCGCAUGAGGCGGCGAAUCGGAGGGGAAGACAUUGAACGAAUAGAUAAAAGACCUUGUACUAUCACCCUGUUGAGACUCCCGGCCGACGCGACGUUGAAACCAAACGGAAUGAGGGGCUACAGAUGCCAAUGGAUCGACUCAGUUUGUGUUUGACUUAUCCAGUGUGCCGUGAUCCGGCCGUCUCUCGGCUGGCUACCGUAUCGCAGGUCAACCGUGGCCGCCGCCGUGUAUAUACCUAACGUAUGCUUCACUUUGCAGACAGUCAGGGCAACAACAUUUCUGGAAGCAAUCUCAUUCUGGUUCUGCUGUGAGCUGCUACACCUGGGGCCAUGAAUAUCACGCAAACAUGGGCCCUCCUCGAAACCUUUGCCUAUAUCUCCCCCAUUGUCUCCUUUUCGAUAACCUCUCCAACAAACUCUCCAAGUUACG